UGAAGUCGCAGUGUGUAAUUGUAGAUGGAAAACACAGUACUUUAUGUAAAGAUCUCUAAGAGACAAGGGUUGGAUUUGGUGAAAAGAAGACAUUGCGUCUGUAAAGGACGUGGUAAGAAGAGAAUUUAAGGUCCCACCGACAGAGGGAAGCUGUUCAGAGUGAGUUUGACGCCCGGUCUUCCCAAACGCGCGCUGUUCUGUUUCCUUCCGGGCCGGGUUGAACCUCUUCAGCCCCCGUAAGGCAGUGGGUCAAAAGUGCUGGUGAAAAUGGAAGUGAAUCCCCCCAAACAGGAGCACCUGCUGGCUCUGAAAGUGAUGCGGCUGACUAAGCCUACUUUAUUCACCAAUAUUCCAGUAACGUGCGAAGAGAAAGACUUACCUGGAGAUCUCUUUAACCAACUGAUGAGAGAUGAUCCUUCAACUGUAAAUGGUGCAGAAAUUUUAAUGUUAGGAGAAAUGUUGACUUUACCACAAAAUUUUGGGAAUAUAUUUUUGGGAGAGACUUUUUCCAGUUAUAUCAGCGUUCAUAAUGAUAGCAAUCAAGUUGUAAAAGACAUAUUGGUAAAAGCUGAUCUUCAGACAAGUUCUCAGCGUUUAAAUCUUUCAGCCUCCAAUGCUGCAGUAGCUGAACUUAAACCUGAUUGUUGUAUUGAUGAUGUCAUACACCAUGAAGUGAAGGAAAUUGGAACACACAUCUUGGUGUGUGCCGUCAGUUAUACAACUCAGGGUGGAGAAAAAAUGUAUUUUAGAAAAUUCUUCAAAUUUCAGGUUCUCAAACCGCUGGAUGUGAAAACCAAAUUUUACAAUGCAGAGACUGACGAAGUAUUUCUUGAAGCCCAGAUUCAGAAUAUUACAACCUCACCUAUGUUUAUGGAGAAAGUUUCACUGGAGCCAUCUAUAAUGUACAAUGUAACAGAAUUAAAUUCCGUCAGCCAAGCUGGAGAAUGUGUAUCAACGUUUGGGUCGAGAGCAUAUUUGCAGCCAAUGGAUACACGCCAGUACUUAUACUGCCUAAAGCCUAAGAAGGAGUUUGCAGAAAAAGCAGGCAUCAUUAAGGGAGUAACAGUAAUUGGAAAAUUGGAUAUAGUAUGGAAAACAAAUCUAGGUGAAAGGGGAAGGUUACAGACCAGCCAACUUCAAAGAAUGGCUCCAGGUUAUGGAGAUGUUAGGUUGUCUUUGGAGGCAAUCCCAGAUACCGUAAACCUAGAAGAACCUUUUCAUAUUACUUGUAAAAUAACAAACUGCAGUGAAAGGACUAUGGAUCUGGUUUUGGAAAUGUGCAAUACCAAUUCUAUCCACUGGUGUGGUAUUUCAGGAAGACAGCUUGGAAAGCUGCACCCAAGUUCUUCUCUCUGCCUUGCCCUCACUCUGCUGUCUUCAGUACAGGGACUACAGAGCAUCUCUGGCUUAAGACUAACAGACACAUUCUUAAAGAGAACAUAUGAAUAUGAUGACAUCGCACAAGUCUGUGUGGUAGCUUCGGCCAUUCAAGUGGAAAGCUGAAGAAAAUUUCCAAUGUUAUCUUUUUUCAUUUAGUUUUGCAGAACUGCUUUCUGUAUCUUUGUCACCUUUGUAAAAUCAAGUCAACAAAAAUAUAUAUUAUUUAAAUUUCUGUCCUGUAAAACAGUUAAAAUAUUAAAUGUUUGUUUUGAAAAAAACUGUCUACUGAUUUUAUCUUAUGUUCUAAAUGAACAUUUG